CUGGAGAUUUCUGUGGAUAGUUCAUGGUUCUUGGGUUGUUUGUUUGCGCAUGCGCGGAUGCUCUGUUUCAGCGUCACUGAAAAGGAGCUUUGUUCUGUUCUGGAUUUGUUUUUGUGCUGAAAUGUAAAGGAAAAGGGGGAAAAAAAGAGAAAGAGCUGAAGAUCUGCAGCAUGGCCCAUCUGAGCGCGAGCACACCGACUCACAGAGGCGUCGUGAUUCCAGACGAUUGGCCGGGAUACAGUCCAGAUCUUUUCACCUAUCCGGAGCAUUACAGUGGGGCUCUGGACUGUGUCUACAUUCCCCAUGGAGUCAUCAUGGACCGGACGGAGCGACUGGCGCGCGACAUCAUGGACGAUCUGGGUGACCACGACAUCGUGGUGCUGUGCGUGCUGAAGGGUGGACACCAGUUCUGCUCCGAUCUGGUGGAACAUAUCCAGGUGCUGAACCGCAGCUCCAGCAAGUCCUUGCUCAUGACUGUGGACUUCAUACGACUCAAGAGCUACCUGAACGAUCGGUCGACGCCGGACAUCCAGAUGAUCGGAGCCGAGAGUCUGUCAGUACUGACCGGCAAGAACGUCCUGAUCAUAGAGGCCAUAGUGGACACGGGUAAGACUCUGCAGAAGCUGCUGACUCACGUCCAAGCCUUUAAACCCAAACUCAUCAAAGUGGCAGGUUUGUUGGUGAAGAGGGUCCCUAAUCAGGCCGUCUGUCUUCCUGACUAUGUUGGCUUUGAGAUUCCUAACCACUUUGUAGUGGGCUACGCUUUAGACUAUAAUGAAUUUUUCAGAGAUCUUAAUCACAUCUGUGUGAUGAGUGAAGAUGGAAAACAGAAGUACAGACUCUGAUGCUACUUGUCCUGUGUCUCAGACCAGUGUGUGUGCGUGUGAGGUGUGUGUGUGAGGUGUGUGUGUGUGAGGUGUGUGUGUGUGAGGUGUGCGUGUGUGAGGUGUGCGUGUGUGAGGUGUGCGUGUGUGAGGUGUGCGUGUGUGAGGUGUGUGUGUGUGAGGUGUGUGUGUGUGUGUGAGGUGUGUGUGUGAGGUGUGUGUGUGAGGUGUGUGUGUGUGUGUGUGUGAGGUGUGUGUGUGAGGUGUGUGUGUGAGGUGUGUGUGUGAGGUGCGUGUGUGUGAGGUGCGUGUGUGUGAGGUGCGUGUGUGAGGUGCGUGUGUGAGGUGCGUGUGUGUGAGGUGUGUGUGUGAGGUGUGUGUGUGUGUGUGUGUCAGGUGCGUGUGCGUGCGUGUGUGUGUGUGAGGUGCGUGUGUGUGUGAGGUGCGUGUGUGUGUGAGGUGUGUGUGUGUGGUGUGUUUGUGUGUGAGGUGCGUGUGUGUGAGGUGUGUGUGUGUGAGGUGUGUGUGUGUGUGUGUGUGUGUCAGGUGCGUGUGCGUGCGUGUGUGUGUGUGAGGUGCGUGUGUGUGUGAGGUGCGUGUGUGUGUGAGGUGCGUGUGUGUGUGUGUGUGUGAGGUGCGUGUGUGUGUGUGGUGUGUUUGUGUGUGAGGUGCGUGUGUGUGAGGUGCGUGCGUGUGUGUGUGAGGUGCGUGCGUGUGUGUGUGAGGUGCGUGUGUGUGUGAGGUGCGUGUGUGUGUAUGUGUGUGAGGUGUGUGUAUGUGUGUGAGGUGUGUGUGUGUGUGUGAGGUGUGUGUGUGUGAGGUGCGUGUGUGUGUGUGUGUGUGUGUGUGUGUGUGUGUGUGUGAGGUGUGUGUGUGUGAGGUGCGUGUGUGUGUGUGUGAGGUGCGUGUGUGUGUGUGAGGUGUGUGUGUGUGAGGUGUGUGUGUGUGAGGUGCGUGUUUGUGUGUGUGUGUGUGUGUGUGUGAGGUGCGUGUGUGUGUGUGAGGUGUGUGUGAGGUGUGUGUGAGGUGUGUGUGAGGUGUGUGUGUGAGGUGCGUGUGUGUGUGUGUGAGGUGUGUGUGAGGUGUGUGUGUGUGAGGUGCGUGUUUGUGUGUGUGUGUGUGUGUGUGUGAGGUGCGUGUGUGUGUGUGAGGUGUGUGUGUGUGAGGUGCGUGUUUGUGUGUGUGUGUGUGAGGUGCGUGUGUGUGUGUGAGGUGUGUGUGAGGUGUGUGUGUGUGAGGUGCGUGUGUGUGUGUGUGUGUGAGGUGUGUGUGUGUGAGGUGCGUGUGUGUGUGUGUGAGGUGCGUGUGUGUGUGUGAGGUGUGUGUGAGGUGUGUGUGUGUGAGGUGCGUGUUUGUGUGUGUGUGUGUGUGUGAGAUACUGUACUCAUUAGCUAUUUUGCUAAAGUCCUGCACUACAGAGUAACUGUACAUUUUGAUAUUAAUGUUCAUGUGAAACUGUAACACAGUGUACUAAUGAGCUGGAGGUGGGCGUGGCCUCUUGUGGCCCCUCCCACGUCCCCCUCUGUUGAUCAUGUGACGUCUGAGCUUCAUCACUAACUUGUAUUUCUCCACAUGAUGUGAUUAAAACAGUUCCACUAAUUCA